UGACGCGGUUGAAGUCAAGCUGCAAGAAAAGACUUCCUCUUUUCUAGGAACAUGGAAAAAUCAAAAUCAUAAGAUAAAUAGAGCCAUAUAUAGGAGGUUCCCAAGUACAAAGAUUUACCAUCAAAAUCAAAAUCAUUCUCUCUUGUGCUUAUUAUCCAUCGCAGCUUUGCUGGCCAUAAAUUAACUGUUGAGAUUCUCACUAUCUUGCUUGUUGAUCAAACUUCUGCUGCAUGCACACAGAGAGCAUGCCAGAUAGAAAAGUUGCAGAGCACUGGAUUUACAGAAGGGAGGGGUUCAGAAAAGUAGACUUCCCAACACACUGCAGUUAUGGACCAGUAAAUGAAGAUGACCCUUUCAAAUGGCAAGGUGUGAUCAUGGGGCCUCCAUAUUCUCCUUAUGAAGGAGGUGUCUUUUCUCUCUCCAUUGAUUUACCACAAGACUAUCCUACCAAACCUCCCACCAUCAAAUUUUUAACCAAGGUUUAUCAUCCAAACAUUGGUGAGGAUGGGACAAUUUACAUAGACAUUUUGGAAGAAGGUGAAUGGAACCCAGUCCAGACCAUUGAGAGCCUGCUGCUCUCCAUAUGCUCACUCCUCGAUGAUCCAAAUCCAAUGGACCCUCUCAAUCCAUGCUGCCUUCUCUUCCGAACGGACAAACAGAAAGCCAUUGAAAUAGCAAAGGACUGGACUAGGAAGUAUGCAAUGUUACCUUAAAUUAAUUUUGAAUGGCAUCCCUUGCCUUUAUUGACAUGCAUAUAAACAUUGUUCCUUUCCUUCUAUAACUUAAGCUCUUGGAAGUAACGUUUUAUAUUGACUGAUUGAGUUUUCA